CAGGACUUCAGUCUCUCUCUUUUUAAGAACCACCAAAGCCAAAUCAAUCCUUACCAGAUACCAACAUCACACUCUCUCCAAUAACUUCACUUCACUUCACUCCUUUUUUCCCCCAAAAUGAAGUCCUUCGCCCUCACCACCGCUCUCUCCCUCGCCAUGGCCGGCUCUACCCUCGCCGUGCCCAUGAUGCAACAAGGCCACGCUAUCGCGCACAUCAACGCCGAGGCCCUCAAGAACAACCUCGCCAUGGCCAAGGCCAACAUGAAUACCAAGCGCCAAACCACCCCCGCCACCUCGCCCGCCGCCUCCGUCCCCGCCGGCACCGUCCCCUCCGUCGCGCUCACCGACCUCGACCGCGUCGUCUCCAGCGUCGGCGUCAUCGUCAAGAACGCCCAGGACGAUUUCCAGAAGAUCGACAUCAAGGACCCCCAGGGCAUCACGGGCAUCCUCUCCCAGCUGCUCGGCAACGUCACGCAAACCGUGCAGCAAGGCGCUCGCCGCAUCAAGGCCAACCAAAAGGCCGCCAUCCUCCCUCUUGGUGGUGCCGGCUGGGGCCUCGCUGGCGGUGCGUUCCCUCUUGGUGGUCUCGGACUUGGACACCCUCUCGGAGGCCUCGGCGGUCUGUUGGGCGUCACCGACGGUCUCGCUGGCUUGACUGGUGUCACUGGCCUGUUGAGCAGCUUGCUGAACACCGUCACCGGUCUGCUUGGUAACCUUCUGCAGCUCGGUGGUGGUAGUGAUGCCACCACCGGCGGCUUGGACGCCAACACCCUGGCCAGCUUGGCUAACCUCCAGGCCCUCCUCUCGCUUAGCGGCGGCCUGACUGGUGGUGUGCCCCUUGGUACUCUGCCGCUUGGCGACUUGAGCAACCUCGCUGGUAUCUUGAGCCCGGAGCUCCUCAACCAGUUGCUUAGUGGUACUGCUGCUGGCAGCCCGCUGAGCGUCGUCGAGUCGUUGUUGGAGGCUGUUCAGGAGCUGCUUAGCUCUGUUCUCUCUGGAUCUGUUGGUGUGACUGCUGGCAUUACUGGAGAUCUCGGUGCUGACGCUGAUGCUUCCACUUCUGAUUAAAGCAAGGGUUUGAGAUCUGGAGUCUGGAGCUAGCGGAUAAGUCCUUGGGACUUUCAUUGCUUCUCGCUUGGAGAUGUUGGUCGUCGCAUGGGAGGAGAAAAAUGUUUUUGUCACUAUUUUCUUUCAACUAAUCCGGCAAUAAGUUUUGUCUUGGUCGAUGCUUAUGUGGAGGAGAUGACAAUCGGUAUAAAAGUGUCAUUUAUCUGAGCGGGAGGACAGGUGAAAGAGGAAAGUGUAAUGAAAUGAUGUUUGAGAGUGUGCGAGUUAGUUUUGCUUUGAACAGAAAAUAUUAGGGGUUUGCUCU